AAUUCCUCUAUAAUUUUGCGUUAUCUGUGCCUCUCUCAUCGUGAUUGAUUUUUGCCGUGAAUAGGUACAUAACCCUGAAUUCCCAGCCAUUUCCCAGCUGUUCGGGUGCAGCAUCUGCAUUGCGCCUGCCUCAACUUAUUGGCAAUUGCAUGCACUAGUUAGACUCGAUCGAGAUAUAUUGCGGACACCAUAUGUCGUCCCCGGUAGAUGAAAGAAUUUCUGAUGAGCUUGAAGCUCUUAAAGCCAUUUUGAUGGAUGAUUUUGUAGUGAAAAAAACUGAAGAUGGCCCAGAUAGUAUCGAAUAUGUCGUUCACCCAUCUACGGGUGACGACGUUGAUCAACAAUUUGUUUGUGUUACGUUAGAAGUUCGUUUGGUCUCUGGCUACCCAGAUGUCAGCCCCGAGGUGCUCUUGAGAAACCCAAGAGGUCUUGAUGACAAAGUCCUUAAGUCCAUUCAUACACAAAUCGAUAAGAAGUUGCAGGAUAACUUGGGGCAACCUGUAGUUUAUGAAGUUAUAGAGCUCAUCCGUGAAAAUCUUACUCGAAGCAAUCUGCCGAGCGGGCAAUGUGUGAUCUGUCUGUUCGACUUCGUGGAGGGAGACGUCUUCAUCAAGACGCAGUGCUACCACUACUUCCAUAGCUACUGCCUGGCCUGCCACCUAAAGGCCGGCAAGAACUGGUAUCAAGAUGCGGUGGACAGACUGCCCAGUUGGCAGCAGGCUGAUACACCUAAACACCAGCAGACAUGCCCGGUAUGCCGGUGCCGUUUGGACUUGGACUUCGAGACGCUGAAAUCUGCACCGCCUCCAGUGGACUCCAUCAAUGCUCCACCAUUUCGUCUGACUGCUGAGUUAAAGGCUCUCCAAAAGAAGAUGGCCGAGAUCCUGGCCCGCCAGAAGGCCAAGGGAGGCGUGGUCGGGAUGGGCGACAACGGACCCCCACCGCUCACCAUCACUUCGCCUUCUGAUAACGAUGGCGGUUCCACCAGCCAGGACGCUGACAAGGCAGACGCGCUCGCCCGCGCCGCCGCCGCUGAGGCCGCGCCCGGAUCACCCAAGGCCGCUCCGGUAUACCGCGGCCCGUACCGGGGCUUCAACCGCCGCGGCAAGCCCGGCGGCCGGCGGGGCCGCGGCGCGCCCGCCGGCUCGCGGUGACACGAUCGCCCGGCCUCCCCCCCGACCCCCGCCUAGCGCUGCCCCUCGUCCUGCAUGCCCCCACCUCCCCCUAUAAGUUCGCAUUCACCCCCAACUCCCUCAGACCUCAAAACACUCAAAACAUCCACUGUAAAACUCGCCUCGCGCGAUCACAACACCCAGAUGACCCUGACUUCGGAUUUUAAAAGGAAUAGGCACGCCCCUCGAAAGGUCACGUCUCCCCCUAUGCUAGGGCUCAGUCUGUACGACGAGCAUGAACAUUCCACCUCGUCACGAAGGCGUGGCCUGUACGAUAGGCACGGGAGGCGCUCUGCCCCAUGCAAGGUACUAUCUUUCUCUUUUGUUAAGAAUGUGAUGUGCCUUGCCAUGCGCCUGGCUCUCAUGACUUUCGAGGUACGCUUACGCCUCCCUUUUCAAAUGAACAAUAAGGUGGAAUGCAGCUGUUUCAAUUCUGAAACUAAUAUCCACUCAAAGGCUGUAGGGAGUAAAAUAACAAAAAAUAAUAAAAAAAUGAAAAGUAAUAUUUGUUUUAGCACCUCUAAAUUAGUGUGGGGAACGACAUCGCGUGCACAAGCUUUACCUAUGGCUACGACUUGUCCAACGUAUUGGCUAAUGUUUAGGAAUUUCUCUAUUAAAAUAUUUGUGUACUUUAUUGAUGUUUCUCAGAAAGACACAAAAAAUAACAUCGACUCGAUUGCCAGUUGGAUAGGAAUUGGUAACAGCUUGAAGGGAAGCCAACUCGCUAAUCGAGUAAAGACCAUCGCGAUCGCAUCGAAAUCGAGCACAGAAUCGAUAUUUGAAGAUCGAAAUUGUGCAACAGACCACACUGGUCUUGGGUCAUUCUGCGUUUUGUGCUCACGUGAGUCUACUAACGCGACUUUAAGUAUUCCUGUCGCAGUUUUUAUCACGCGUAAGAGUGAGAGAGCGUCACCCGCCACCACCGCCGUGGGAAAGAAAGUCUUCGACUUCAUCGUGCCACAAUUAUUUAUUAAAACAGGGUCCUAUUUUACUGAAUUUUCGAGACUGACGAUUUACCCUAUUUACUCAACCUUAUAUGUACGUAACCGCACAAUAUUCAGCUUUAUUGCAAUACAUUUAAGUGUUAUUCCUCGAAACUUUCAUAUCCUCACGAGUGGACCACUUGCUCGAUUAUAUCGCGAGAUGAAUGUAUAGUUAUUUAUAUAUUUUUGUUGACACUCAUUCUGUGAUAUAAUUCCUAGUAAAUGUUCAAACAUGCUGUUGGAUCAUUCGUAGUUGUACAUUUUGUACAAACGUACAAAGAGGUAUCUCAGAUAGAAAAACGAUGCUCUAAAAAGUUAUUAUUUAAUAUUUAAGCAUUAUUAGGUCCAUAUCAAAAUUAUAUCUUAGGGUUAGUAAAUGAAUUCAGAAGCAUGUUUGAAUGGAUCCAUUUUAACUUUAUAUCAAAGUACUUUCCACCUUUUCCCAAGUAACCUAAAAUCUUCCAUAGUAUUUGGUUAGAUCGUUUUUAUUUUAAUCGUGUCGAUUUUACAAAUCGUCAGUCCAUUUUUGCUUCUUUUGAAAAAAUCAUGAUCUUCAUAAUAUAUUUUAUUUCGAUCAAAGCUUUUUUAAACAAAAACUGAUAAACCGUACCUAAAUGUCGCAGACUUUCAGUCCCAGUCAACUACUAAGUGCUAUCAAAUAACAAAACCAAAUGUCCCGUGACCCAGUUGCAUAAAUGUGUCUUUCUGAAAUACAAGCAACACAAUGCCACCGCUUAAAAUUUUGUUACAAAAAAA